AGCCUCAUCCAGUACAGAACAGUCUGGUGCACUAAAACUUCUGGACCCGGAAGAUAGCUUUAAUUUGAUCUAUUAACCUUAUAUAGGAAUGAGGCAACGUAGGGAGAAGAACAAACAACUGAGCAGUUACAGUGGAACGAACCUCUUAAGUCGAAUGCCACGGAGCCUGAGAAAUUUGGAAUUAACCCAAAAUUUAAGGAUGCCACUGAAGUUGCAAAGGGGUGCUAAUAAUCUCAAUUUGGAUGAAGAAAGCACACUCACAAGACUCUAGUGUCACCAUACCCGUCUUAUAUCUUUUCAAGAUGAAACGUGUCAAAUGAAUGGAGAACACUGUGAGGAUUGGCCAUGGCUGCCCAUCGACUCAUCAGCAUGACGAGCAGCAAUCACCUCCUUCCUCGCUGCAAGUCUGAGGGGACACUUGUGGAUCUCGGCGUGGGGGGGCCAGCCAGCCUCACUCAAAUCAGAGUGCCUUCUCCAAGUACCUUAAGACUGGACUCAUCAGCCUCCUAUGGGACUGUGCAGGAAGUGGUCGCCAUCAAGGAUUAUUGCCCCAGAGGUUUAACCACCCUCACAUUUUCCAAAGAUGAUCGACUCUUUGUUCUGGAUACAUCAGGCGGCGAGUGGUGGUAUGCGCACAAUAAGAAAGAAAUGGGAUACAUCCCUGCUUCUAGUGUCAAACUAGUCAACUUGAGGAAUUCUUCCUUCAGUGACAGCGGGAUGAUUGACAACCUUGACGAGGAAGAAGAGGAGUUGAAGGAGUUUGAAGGGUUAGGAGAGUGGGCAGGAGUGACAUUAAAACCCUCCCCAACUAACAACAACCAUCCCUUUUCUGAUAACCUCUUCAUCCAUCCGUUAAAUCAGAAGUGCAAAGAAGCAAGUGUAACAAAUGCGGCUGAUUUGAGUAUUUUCGAUACACUUGCACCUCCAAGUGGCUCCAAGUUUGACACCAAUAAUAUCAACUUUAGUGUCCUCAACAGUUGUCCCAACCAAGAAGGCAUGCAACACCUCUACAGGGAUAAUCCUCUUUUAAGGAGUAAGCGUUCCCAGUGUCUUUCCCAACUCUCUGUUCUUCAAACACAAUCGAAUCCAAACAUACCUUCAUCUUGUUUCUUCACGGAUUUGAAGGCGCCUUUGCCAGAGCAAUUUCAGAGUCGUGAGGACUUCAGAACAGCAUGGCUCAACCAUCGAAAGCUGGCCAGGUCAUGCCAUGACCUGGAAUCACUGGGCCAGAGUCCCGGGUGGGGUCAGACCCAGCCGACUGAGACAAGCAUUGCGUGUAGUUUAGAUAGCAGUGGAGGUGUGGUUCAACUCGCGGACACACACAUUACAAUGCACAUUCCUGAAGGUCACGUUUGCCACGGUGACUGCCAGCAGAUCUCCAUGAGAGCCUUACUGGAUCUUCCCCUGGAGCUCAACAAUGACAGUUGCUCCACUGUCAGCCCAGUGGUGGAGAUCAAGCUCAGCAACAUGCAGAUCAAGUCUUUUGUCACUUUGGAGAUUAAAGUAUCAGUCACAGUAAAGAAGGACAGCUGCCACUCCGCUGAAGUGCUUUGUGUUCGGAGCGACUGCAAAGACGGGCCUUACACGCCCAUUCCUGGUUGUUACUUUUAUAAGGACAUGGUCCAAGUGCGUCUGGACAGUCUUGAACCAUGCAUAUACGUGGCGGUUGUGGUUCAGUCACUGUACAUCAGUCACAACAUGACCGUGUGGAAUCACAUGCAGAGGAAGCUAACCCUUGGUGUUUAUGGGCCCAAGCACAUCCACCCUUCCUUUAAGACAGUUGUUGCCAUGUUUGGGCAUGACUGUGCCCCUAAGACCUUAGUGGUGAGCGAGGUGGGUCGUUCGGCCUGCUCCACCCCUCCAGUCACCCUCCAGUUGUGGGGGAAGCAACACUUUGUUCUAGGGUUCCCCCAGGACCUCCAAGUGUGGCUGUACCCCAGUGUAUCUAACUAUCAGGUGAAAGCGAGCGAUGGUGCUGGGAUGAUACCGGAAUUCCAACUUAAACUGGGGAAGGUCAGCCGGCUUAUCUAUAUGAUGUCAUCUCAUGACCCCAAUAGCAUCUCAGACUUCACUCUCAGGGUCCAAGUCAAGGACAUGCUGGACUGCAUCCUCACCCAGUUCUGCGUCCAUACGCCGCAACCGCCACCAAAGUCUGGAGCAAGGACGACGGGCCAAAGGAGAUUCUUGAAAAAAAGAGAAGUGGACAAGAUUGCCCUGUCGCCACUGGCUAUCACCUCUAAAUACCCAAAAUUUCAGGACCGGUGUGUUACCAGCCUAAAAUUUGGCAAGCUGAUUAAAACAAUAAUACGGCAGCACAAGAGCAACUACCUGCUGGAGUACAAGAAGGGCGAUGUGAUUGCUCUGCUCAGUGAGGAGAAAAUUAAACUAAGAGGGCAGUUACGUACCAAAGAGUGGUACAUCGGAUAUUAUCAGGGGAAGAUGGGGCUGGUCCAUGCCAAGAAUGUGUUGGUUUUGGGUAAGGUCAAGCCCAUUUACUGGUGUGGGCCAGACCUGACGACGAUGACGCUGCUAGAGCAAAUCCUCAAACCUUGUAAAUUUCUUACAUAUAUCUAUGCCACUGUUAGGACAGUUCUCAUGGAGAAUGUAGGAAAUUGGAGAGCGUUCGCUGAUGCACUGGGCUAUGGCAACUUGUCACUCAAUUAUUUCUGUCGGACUGAACUGGACAAUGAGCCGGAGAAGGUAGCAUGUGUUCUCGAGAAACUCAAAGAGGAGUGCACCAAUGCGGAGAACAAGGAGAGGAAGUCAUUUCAGAGAGAGCUCAUGAUGGCCUUGCUCAAGAUGGACUGCCAGGGUCUGGUUGCCAGAUUGGUUCUGGACUUUGUUCUUCUAACCACAGCAGUAGAGGUGGCAUCCCGCUGGAGGGAACUUGCAGAAAAACUGGCGAGGGUGUCCAAACAGCAGAUGGAGGCUUACGAGGCACCGCACUGUGAUAAAAGCGGCGUGCUGGACAAUGAGUCCAUGUGGAAACCAGCCUACGACUUCCUGUUGACGUGGGCAGCGCACGUAGGGGACAGCUACCGUGAUGUCAUCCAAGAGCUCCACUUGGGCCUGGACAAGAUGAGGAACCCCAUCACCAAGAGGUGGAAGCACCUGACCGGCACGCUCAUUCUCGUCAACUGCCUCGACAUCCUCCGAAGUGCCGCCUUCUGUCCAACUGGCUAUGGUGACUUUGCCAUCUGAGUUGCAAUGGUUACCAGUGUCCAAGGCCAGUCAAGCAUCUGUGCUCCCUUACCCAUGGCUAUGUGCCCUGCACUCCUGGUAUCAUCCACCAGUCCAGUAUUGAUAUUUUUUUUUCUUUUUCUUUUUCUUUUUUUUAAUGCCAGAGGUGUCGAAACCUUUCCUCCAAUGGCCACAGACAAAAACAUGUAAUGAUGCAAGCGUGACUUUGAAAUUCUUUGACUUGAAUUUAUUAAACACGCAAGCGAAUAAACAGGGGGUCCCAAAGGUCACAAUAAACUUCCUUUUUUCAAUUUUGUUUCCGAUAUCAUUUGGAAAGAUGGGAAGCCAUCAACAUCUACAUAUUAAGUUUUACAGUUGUAGUAAAUAUAUCAUUGGAGUAGCCUGGCGAGACAUUUUCUCUCCUUAUCCAGUGCCGUCCAGUACAGCCCUCCGGAUAGACUUUCCCUGGCUUUGCAUAAAGGCCUGCUUUAAAAGUGUUUUAGUCUUCUCAUCAGAGGUAGUAGUAGCAGGUUUUCCACUGUGUGGUUUGUCAAGAACUGAUCCUAUUUUGAAAAACUUGCCAUGGAUAGCGAAAAGUGUAUUAUACAUUAAUGCAGUGUGACAGCCAUAAACCUUCUCAAACUGGCACUGGACUGCAGUCGGGGCACAAAAACUGCAAAGCCAAAGCAGUCAAAUGCUUAUGGCCUCACAUCUGUUUGAAGGAUACCUAAAAUGAUACAGAAAAAAAGAAGGGUGAAGUGAUUUUUUGGGACACCCUGUAUAUUGUUCAAGAAUUGAAGUAAUUUUUGAAAAACUGCUACGUCACAGCUUUCUGUUAAAUAUGAUAUUGUAAAUAGUUUGGGAUUUUUCAGGAUUUGGGGGCAGAACGUGGCCCUGUAUCCCACUAAAAUAGAUCCACCACUGCACUGAACAGCAACCAAAUUACAUCUCCACAUUCAGAAUCGAAACAAGAACGUGCCCCUAAAUAAAAAAAUAAAGUUACCUGAAAUGGUUUUCUAUUGAGUAAUGCAUGAAAUGUCAGAAAUUGGCGGCUGUAUGGUGACUCCUCUGUAUGGUGACUCCUCACCCUUAUGAAAGUCAAUCUUGUCCCAGGUAAGUUGUACUGGCCUCACAGCUUCAUAACCAUCAACCACACAGUUGGGGAGAAGAUAGACGAUUUUGUGAAAAUAAUACAACAUUGUAAUCCUUAACGUACAGUAAAAGAAAGAAAGCAGGUUGGGAAACAAAUACAAAAUGAUUGUGAUAAAGUUCCCUUGUUUUUGUUGUUGUUUUUUUUUCUCAUUUGUGCAAUGCAAGAUUUGUGUUUAUUCAUUCGAGGUCCACUUUGUUUGUUCAUCUGUCAUUUUGAUAGAAUAACUGGUUUGGGGUGAAUUCUAUUCCCUCAACUGCAUUUCAGAAAACAUUUGGACUCCUGGUUUUCAGAGGUAGUGCCUUUAUUUUAAAAAAAAUAAUAAUGUUUAAGUGUUUCCCAAACAGAUCCUGUCUAAUAAUUUGUUCUAGAGUGAGUGUAACACAACCACUCCUAUGCAUUUAUCUUUGUAAAUUUUGUGGCCCACAAAAUGUGUCCAGUUCGACAACCCAUUGCCCCAUGAUUCUCCCCUCUACCUCCUUUUUUACAGCCUGAUUGAUAAUUGGUUAAAUUCAACAUGAUGAACUCUGGAGUCGAUUCGCCAAAGUAUAUGCGACUGCUUUGCUUUUUUACAUGUUUGCUUUGUUAAAUUAAAGACCUCAGCAUUUACAAA